UUCCUCCGCGAGCGGUAUGGGUACCUCUUCAAAAACAGAAGACGCUGCGCUUCCAGCUUGCUGUUUACGUUUUUGCUGGUCAUAGUUUUUCGGAUUUUAUAUUUUCAUUUGUUGCCAGUGGGGAUUCCCAUCAAAAUUCAGAUCAAGAGUUUUUAACCUCCUCCGCAGCUUCAAAACCAGAAAUGAGGUCCUACGACGAGGAAUUACAGUACAUUGACAAGAUCUCAGCGUGUUCUUGGCGUAUCAAGAAGGGAUUCGUUCCCAACAUGAACGUGGAGGGCAUCUUCUACGUGAACGAGCAUCUGGAGAAGCUCAUGUUCGAGGAGUUGCGCAUGUCGGUGGGUUCCCGGGGCGGCGGUGUGGGGGGAUUUCUGCCCGGAGUGAAACAGAUCGCCAAUGUGGCGGCGCUGCCCGGCAUUGUGGGGCGUUCGGUGGGGCUGCCGGACAUCCACUCGGGAUACGGAUUCGCCAUCGGGAAUAUGGCGGCGUUCGAUAGCAGUGAUCCGCUGGCGGUGGUGUCGCCGGGCGGAGUGGGAUUCGAUAUUAACUGCGGUGUGCGUCUGCUGCGCACCAAUCUGGACGAGAAGGAUGUGGCGCCGGUCAAGGAACAGUUGGCGCAGAGCUUGUUCGACCAUAUUCCCGUGGGAGUGGGUUCCAAGGGGGUCAUUCCAAUGAACGCCAAAGAUUUGGAAGAAGCCCUGGAAAUGGGCAUGGAUUGGUCAUUACGUGAGGGUUACGCGUGGGCGGAAGACAAGGAGCACUGCGAGGAAUAUGGACGCAUGCUGCAAGCGGAUCCCAGCAAGGUGUCUUUACGUGCCAAGAAACGAGGCCUCCCACAGUUGGGCACACUGGGAGCCGGCAAUCACUACGCGGAAAUCCAAGUAGUCGAUGAAAUCUACGAUGACCACAGCGCCCGAGUCAUGGGCGUCGAUCACAAGGGACAAGUUUUGGUUAUGAUCCACAGCGGAAGUCGCGGUCUGGGACAUCAGGUAGCCACAGACGCUUUAGUACAAAUGGAGAAAGCCAUGAAACGUGAUCAAAUAGAGGUGAAUGAUCGCCAACUAGCCUGCGCCCGUAUCAGUUCUCCGGAAGGACAGGAUUACCUGAAAGGAAUGGCAGCGGCUGCCAAUUUCGCUUGGGUCAAUCGCAGCAGUAUGACCUUCCUUACUCGCCAGGCAUUCGCCAAGCAGUUCAAAACUGCUCCCGACGAUCUGGACAUGCAUGUGAUCUACGAUGUCUCCCACAACAUCGCCAAAUUUGAAGAACAUGUUGUGAACGGCAGCCAGCGCACACUACUCGUGCACCGUAAAGGAGCCACGCGUGCCUUUCCGCCGCAUCAUCCGCUCAUUCCCGUGGAUUAUCAGCUAACCGGCCAGCCCGUGCUGAUUGGAGGCACGAUGGGAACAUGUAGCUAUGUCUUGACGGGAACGGAACAAGGCAUGAUUGAGACCUUUGGAUCAACGUGCCACGGUGCUGGCCGGGCGUUGUCCCGAGCGAAAUCGCGGCGGAAUCUGGAUUAUACUGACGUACUGGCCCAGCUCCAGCAGAAGGGAAUCUCCAUACGCGUGGCGUCACCCAAACUGGUCAUGGAAGAGGCACCUGAGUCCUACAAGAAUGUGACAGAUGUUGUGGAUACUUGUCACAUGGCUGGCAUUAGCAAAAAAUGUAUGAAACUCCGUCCGAUUGCUGUGAUUAAAGGCUAGUCGAUCGAACAUGUGAACUGUAAUCAACGGUUUAUGGCGUCACCCGAAUCUGAUUUACCGGUUUCGUUUUAGUAGUUCUCUUUUUGUCUUCCUAAUUCUUUUGCAGUCCAUUGGAGUAUUUAUCAGUUUUCGCAAGUUUGUACUUUUUUCUGCGGUGUGUUCUGCACAGGCAAAUAGUUCACUGUUGAAUAAAUUUAAUAAUAUGGAUGCAAAUUCA